AGUUCACUUCCCUCUCUCAGUUCUCCAGCUCGUUGGGCAGAGUCGGAUCCGGACACUGGAUCUUUUCUUUGGGUCAUUUUUUUUUUUAUGUGCCGGACCCCCUCACCCAUACCCACCCCUGUAGUCUCCCCAAGUCCCACCCACUGCUCUGCAACACACACCAGCAGAGCUCAUUUACUGGAUCUGCUCUUUGUUAUCAGAGCUUCUCCCUCCUCUUGUUUUUUUGAAAUUCAGGAGAGAGUGUGAGAACGGGAGAGAGAGAAAGAGAGAGAGGGAGUUUAUUUUCCCUCUCAACGGAUUGAUUUGUGGAGCUGAUUAGCUUUUCCUCUCCGUCACUUCAUGAGCCGUUGUAAUUAUAGUCAAAUAAACUGGUUCGAACCUCGGAAAACUGUUUCUCGCCCUCUUCCACUCGGCCUGUCAGUCUCUUUCACCACUGCAGUUGUCAACUUGAAGCCGUGCUGGGAAAUGGACAAACCCCUCUGAAGUGAAGACGCUGCUCGCCUCACCCACACAACAACCACAGGACGUGAUUUGGACGUGGAUCCCGGAGUGGAGCAACAAACCAGAGGAACAUGUUUACCUCUCUGUUUCUGUGGUAACAAAGAGGAGCAUGCACAUCCAGGCCCGGAGUUAACCUCAGCUUUCAUCCCCUCUGAACUACACUACCCUCAAUUCCCGUGAACUGACGACCAAAUCUGAAGUUAAGAUCAGUUAAUCAAGGACACCCCGAGGAACGUCAACUACAGCGCUUCUGCUAAGAGGACCAAUAUGGCCAACAACACAGCAGACCACCCUCAGGGGAAUUCGGUUGCUGAGGGCAACCAUGACGGGGACUUUGGGGUGACCAUGACGGAUCUCAAAGGUCUGAUGGAACUGCGGAGCGCUGAGGCAGUCGGCAAGAUACGGGACAAUUUUGGUGAUGUGCAGAGUAUCUGCCGCCGCCUGAAAACAUCACCUAUAGAGGGUCUGUCAGGGAACCCUGUAGAUCUUGAAAAACGUCAUGCGGCAUUUGGAAAAAAUUUCAUCCCCCCAAAGAAGGCUAAGACAUUCUUGCAGCUGGUGUGGGAGGCUCUACAAGAUGUCACACUUAUAAUCCUGGAAAUUGCUGCCAUCAUUUCACUGGGCCUGUCCUUCUACCAUCCACCAGGGGGCGACAGUGAAGCAUGUGGCCAGGUCGCAGGUGGUGUUGAGGAUGAAGGCGAGUCCCAGGCUGGCUGGAUCGAGGGUGCUGCUAUCCUGUUCUCAGUCAUCAUUGUGGUCCUGGUGACAGCCUUCAAUGAUUGGUCAAAGGAAAAACAGUUCCGUGGGCUUCAGAGUCGCAUCGAGCAGGAACAAAAGUUCACCGUCAUCCGGAAAGGCCAGGUCAUCCAGGUUCCUGUUGCUGAAAUUGUGGUGGGAGACAUCGCUCAGAUCAAAUACGGAGACCUGCUGCCUGCUGAUGGAAUCCUGAUCCAAGGAAAUGACCUGAAGAUUGAUGAAAGCUCUCUGACUGGAGAAUCUGACCAUGUCCGAAAGUCUUUGGAGAAAGACCCUAUGCUACUGUCAGGAACACACGUGAUGGAGGGAUCGGGCAGGAUGGUGGUGUCCGCCGUUGGCCUCAAUUCUCAAACCGGCAUCAUUUUUACCCUCUUGGGCGCCAGUGAGCACGAUGAAGAAAAGAAGGUCAAGAAAAGUAAAAAACAAGGACCCCCCGAAAAUCGCAACAAAGCCAAGACCCGGGACGGCAUCGCCCUGGAGAUCCAGCCCCUGAAGAGCGACGAGGCUGCCGAGUCUGAAGAGAAGGAGGAGAAAGAGGAGGCCAAACCGGUGAAGAAGGUCAAUGUGACCAAAAAGGAGAAGUCAGUGCUGCAGGGCAAACUGACCAGACUGGCUGUACAGAUUGGGAAAGCUGGUCUGAUCAUGUCAGCUGUCACCGUUAUCAUCCUCAUUCUCUACUUUGUGAUCGACACCUUCGGGAUCCAGGGUCGAACCUGGGUGGCUGAGUGCACCCCUAUCUACAUCCAGUACUUUGUCAAGUUCUUCAUUAUUGGGGUGACUGUGCUGGUGGUGGCUGUUCCUGAGGGUCUGCCACUCGCUGUCACCAUUUCACUGGCCUACUCUGUCAAGAAAAUGAUGAAGGACAACAACCUGGUGCGGCACCUGGACGCCUGCGAAACCAUGGGCAACGCCACGGCCAUCUGUUCGGACAAGACUGGCACGCUGACCAUGAACCGGAUGACAGUGGUGCAGGCGUACAUCGGUGACACACACUACAAAACUGUUCCUGAACCAGAGGCCAUCAAACCGGAAACACUAGAAGUUCUGGUCAACAGCAUCUCCAUCAACUCGGCGUACACAACCAAAAUCCUGCCACCAGAGAAAGAAGGCGGCCUGCCCCGUCACGUGGGCAACAAGACUGAAUGUGCUCUGCUGGGCCUGGUGCUGGAAGUAAAGAGGGACUAUCAGCCAAUCAGAGAUGAGAUCCCAGAAGAGAAACUCUACAAGGUUUACACAUUCAACUCCUCCCGCAAGUCCAUGAGCACAGUGCUUAAGAACGCUGAUGGAGGCUUCCGUAUGUACAGCAAAGGAGCGUCAGAGAUUGUCCUGAGGAAAUGCUCACGUAUCUUGGAUACCCAAGGCCAGCCCCGUGUCUUCAAGCCCAAGGACCGUGAUGAGAUGGUGCGUAAGGUCAUUGAGCCCAUGGCUUGUGAUGGGCUGAGAACCAUCUGUGUGGCAUACAGGGACUUUCCUGCUGAGGGUGGAGAGCCAGCCUGGGACAAUGAGAACGAAAUUCUAAAUGAGCUCACCUGCAUCGCUGUUGUUGGCAUCGAGGACCCCGUCAGACCUGAGGUACCAGAGGCUAUUUCUAAGUGCCAGCGCGCAGGCAUCACUGUACGCAUGGUUACUGGAGAUAACAUCAACACAGCCCGGGCUAUUGCAACCAAAUGUGGCAUCUUGCUGCCCGGGGAGGAUUUCCUGUGUCUGGAGGGCAAGGAGUUCAACCAGCAGAUAAGAAACGAUCAAGGAGAGGUGGAACAAGAACGUCUGGACAAAGUUUGGCCUAAACUGCGUGUUUUGGCUCGUUCUUCACCAACAGACAAACACACCCUGGUCAAAGGCAUCAUUGACAGCACGGUUGGCGAAACCCGACAGGUGGUGGCAGUGACGGGAGACGGCACCAACGAUGGCCCCGCCCUCAAAAAAGCUGAUGUUGGCUUUGCUAUGGGAAUCGCCGGCACAGACGUGGCAAAGGAGGCAUCUGACAUCAUCCUGACCGACGACAACUUCACCAGCAUCGUCAAAGCCGUUAUGUGGGGGAGGAACGUCUACGACAGCAUCUCCAAGUUCCUGCAGUUCCAGCUGACUGUCAACGUGGUUGCUGUGAUCGUGGCAUUCACUGGCGCAUGCAUCACACAGGAUUCACCUCUGAAGGCUGUCCAGAUGCUCUGGGUAAACCUCAUCAUGGACACUCUGGCGUCUCUUGCUCUGGCCACUGAACCACCGACUGAUUCUCUGCUCCUACGUAAACCUUACGGCCGCAACAAGCCACUCAUCUCCAGGACCAUGAUGAAGAACAUCCUUGGCCAUGCUGUGUACCAGCUUGUCAUCAUCUUCACUCUACUGUUUGCCGGUGAGAAAAUUUUCGACAUCGACAACGGCCGCAACUCUCCCCUGCACUCGCCGCCAUCCGAGCACUACACCAUUGUGUUCAACGUGUUCGUUAUGAUGCAGCUCUUCAACGAGAUCAACGCCAGGAAGAUCCACGGCGAGAGGAAUGUGUUUGAGGGGAUUUACAGGAACCCCAUCUUUUGCAGUGUCGUACUGGGAACCUUUUGCCUGCAGAUCAUCAUUGUUCAGUUUGGAGGGAAGCCAUUCUCUUGCACUGCUCUGACCAUCGACCACUGGCUAUGGUGUGUGUUCAUCGGUGUGGGAGAGCUGCUGUGGGGACAGCUGGUCACGUCUGUCCCAACCCACCGCCUGAAGUUCCUGAAGGAGGCCGGUCACGGCAUCACAAAGGAGGAGAUCCAUGAGGAAGAGCUAACAGAGGGCGCUGAUGAGAUCGACCACGCUGAAAUGGAGCUGAGGAGAGGCCAGAUCCUUUGGUUCAGAGGUCUGAACCGCAUCCAGACGCAGAUGGAUGUGGUCUAUACCUUCCAGACGGGCCAGGCGGCGGUGCCAGGUGCCCUGCGCCGCCAGCCGUCCGUUGUCAGCCAGCACAAUGACAUUAAGGUGGUGAACGCUUUCCGUAGCUCCCUGUACGCGGGGCUGGAGAGCCCAGAGUCCCGUAGCUCCAUCCACAGCUUCAUGGCCCAUCCCGAGUUUGUUCCCCUGUCUGAGGAGGAGGCUCGCAUCCCCCCCAUCGAGGAGACUGGUGACGAGAUUGAACCCCUCCCCAGCUCCUCCUCUGGGGCAAGUGGAGGAGGAGAACCACCUAGCACCUUCCCCCAAAGCUGCGAGUCAUCCAUCUGAGCUCCUCCUCCUCCCCCUCUCCUCUUCAUUAGCUUCAUGUGUCAUCCCAUCAACUGAAGUGUCGCACUAAGGAGGGAAGUCAUCACUCUGUUCAUCCCUUCAUUUUGCACGCACACGCGCCUCAUGACGUCUUCACCCCUGUCAGUCAUAUGUGCCUCGUUGUGUUCCUCACACUGACUGUGGCGUUGUUUUGUCUGUAAGUCUGUCCCUCCAUCGCUACCACACACCAAUCAGUGGAGGUGGAAUCCAGAGUCUCCACAGUGGAAGGUCUGUCCUGUUGUCCUUCAUUUAUAUUUUUUUACCUGAUGAUCCUUUUGCAAAGCUUUUAAACUAUGUUGGGUUCGAUCUUUGUGGGACUCGCAGCAGCAGCAGCAGCAGCAGCAGCAGCAGCAGCAUGUCAUGUUCUGUACUCGCUUCAUUCCUGCUUACGGCUCUCAAAUAUAGCACUGAACUUUCCAACGAGUGCAACGAUUCUCAUGUACAUACGCUUCUGCUCGUCUACACAGCUAACAGUCAGGUUUGGUGAUCAGAAGAUUUUUAGGCAAAUGCAAAAUUGUAACCUUUUAUUAUUUUAUUUGUUUUUUCGAGAUGUUCGACAUCUGUUUUUGUUUUUAAAAUCUCUUAACGAAUGUCAAUUGAUGGUUGAUUCAAACUCCUGAGAAUGUCUUGUGAGUGUGACACUACAGUCUUCAAGUUUCCACUGUUAAAGAAAAUGUUCUUCCCUUUAUCGUGUCUGAAUGUGUUGGUUUUUCUUUUUACCUGCUGUGUUGCAUGUGGAGGCAGAAUGUUUACUACCCACAUAUAUUGAACAUAGCUGUGUCCAGAGAAGGGCGGGAACCUGACCACAUCUCACCCAAUUAGGGUUCUGGUUCUGUCUCUGCCCCCUCCCCCUCUACGUCCAUAGUGUCAGUAGAAAACUGCAGUGUGGCUCAUGUUUCCCUUUGAGUAUGAUGCAUGUUAUGUUUAAUUCGUGUUGAGUCGCAUGAUACCUCGGAAUGAAUAUUUGGGAUUAUGUUAGAUGAUCUGUGUGUUAGUCUGCAGCGACAUCUGUUCAGAGAACUUCCUGUCUGUAGAUCUAAACUUCCUGUCACCACAACAGGACAAAUCAGACUCAUCGAUCAAGUUAAAGCCCCCGUUGUACUUCACAGCAGCUGAUGUGUUCAUAUAUCAACAUGCUCCUCACAUUGGCUCACUUGCAGGCAGAAUACAAUCCCUAUAACCAUUUUAGAACACAUACAAAAACUAUUAAGUCUCCAAAAAUCAAAACCUACACUUAGGAUGGGGAUUAUAAUUCAUUCUCUGCCACAGUCUUAAACAGUGAUUUUUAUCAUUCUUAUUCCUCUUUCUCUCUCUCUGUAAUUUGGCAUUUCACUCUUGACAAGCUCAAAUUAGAGUUACGUCUACCCUCUUUUUAAGUUUUUUUUUUGUUUUUUUUUUCAGCUUUGCAUUUGGUGUCAUUGAAAAUAUUUAGCUCAAGUAUGUCAGGUUUGGACACUCCCGUCCCAGGAUGAGACAUAUUCCUAUUGCUUCUGUAUUUAUUCUAUUCAUGGUCUGGGACAGUGUUGCAGUGGCACCACAUAAAGCAUGUUAUCCCAAUGUGUUUGAAGAGUAGGUGGGAUGUGUAAUUCCUACAGAUGUCAAUCCUCCCACCCAGACAUGUCCACAAUCCAUCCUUCAUGUGUCCUGAUGAGAUGAUAAACCACCUGAGCAUGAAGGAGCAGCAGGUCUCGUGAGAUCUGAGCUCCUCAUGUCUACCAUCUCAUUCUUUAAACCAGAGCUCAUGACUAUAUGUGACAGUCUGAAUGUAGAUUGAGAGCUUCAUCUCCACCUCAGCUUACUCUUCCCAAAGACCCCAACAUGCAUGACUUUGAUUUUCCAUUUCAUUUUUUUUUUAUCAGUGAAUGAAGACUUGUCUCAAAAUCUGACCAGAGCUCUACGAUCUUCUCUUGUUUGACCCUGUGGACAGGCUGUUGUCUCAGUUUUCACCAUCCAGGACAAGUUCAUUUCCAUUCUUUUCCUUUUGUGUUUCCAUUGUCUUCAUGUGUCAUAAAACCACCCACUUAAAAAAAAAUAUUUUCUCAAGAGUGAAUGUGCAUUAAAACGGAAAGGAAUCCUGUCUGGUUGGGUCUGUUUUGCAUCACAGUGCAAGUAGUUCACCUCAACAGAAAGGAAGUUAAUGGAUCUCUGAACAGAGUCUGCACGUCUGUCUGUCUGUCUGUGUUUAAGACAAAUCUUAGUACUGCAUCUGAUGUUUCCUUGUUUGUCAGGUUUCACUAACAGAAACUGAAUCGGCCGUCAGUGACAUGCCACAGGCAGCAGCAGAGGAGAUGUUAGAUCAUCUUCAUCCCUCUGUGCUCUGUGGUCUUUGAUUAACACACACGUCACUGUGGCGGCCAUGCUGAGGUUUAUGGAAGACUGAUGAUUUCAGCCUGUAGAGUUAAAUCCACUGUGUGACCCUGCUGCCGAUCAGUUCUUCGUGUCUGCCGUGUCCGCAGAUUACCAUCUUAAAAGAAGAAGGAGUCGUCCUCCAAUCAGAAACAGCAACGCGUCUAAUCCCCUCUUAGUCCGACUAGCAGCCAUCAAUUGAUCUAUGAACUAGGAUACAUUAUUGUAGUCGUGUGCUACUACUGCCAUAUUUCCAACUUUUUUGUCAUGACUUGGUUCUUCCUCCCCUCUGAUGAGCUUUUUCUAUGUAACUCAGAGCCAUAUUUUAUAGGUUGUCUGUAUUGUUUUUUAUCUCAUCAUUAUCAAGGUUUCCGUUGGACUUCCUCACCCAUGACCCUGCCCCCACUACUCCGCCCCUUUACGUCAAACAUGACCAAAAAGCAAGGAGAAAUUCUUCAGUCGUCACUGCCGAACCAAGUUUAAAGGACCUCUAACAAUGUUUACAUGCAAAGCGAUUGGGUGGCAGUUUGCCUGUGCUUCUCUCAUCCGACCACUUCCCUUUCAUUCCCUUGCUUUCCUGAUACUUAAAGUUACUAUUUAACUAAAUGGGGAAACUUUCUUGCAUGGUUUUCAUAUAAAAUUCAAUGUUUUCUUCAUUUUUUACAAUUCUUCUGUAUUUUUAUAUUAAGUAAUUUUUAAUAUUUUGGAGAUAUAUGAAUAUAUAUGUAUAGGCUGAGGAGUUUGGUGACAGUAUAGUUCAUGAAUGAGAUGAAUCUACCGUGGACUCUGUCUUUUUACAGCUCUCUAAAUAUUAAUGCCACGUGUGUCGUCUUGGUCACCUGAUGUUAGGGCUCAGAAAUCUGCAGUGACUUGUUUACUUCCUGUUGGCCGUUCAAUUGGAAUCUCAAUAAUCUCGUCUCAUCCGCCCCUCCCCCUCCGUUUCUGAGUAUAUCCACUUUAUCUAAAUGUUUUCGACACACUACACGCUGUGUGAUUUCAAAGUUAUCCAAACUCCAUUAGAGUUCAGCGAAUGCAACAUGACUACAGCUAACUGUAACAAACAUUAAAUGGGAGUGUAUAAUUAUUUAUCCAA